AUGGCGUUGGCCAUCAUCAGCAUCGACCUCACUCAGGAAAAGGUGGUGAUCCAGAAUAACAGCGACGCCCCCUACAAUCUGAAAGAUCACUAUGCCGAGAACCUCCUCGGCACGGUUCGCAGUGCUCGCUUUGACACCAUCAUUAUCCCGGUACAAGGCACCGUGAGCCUCUACACCGCCCCAGGCAGUACCCAGCCACCGCCCGAAGGCCCAGACGUCCUUUACUUUUUCAACUACGACGAUCUUCAACCCCGCGCCAAUCACUUGCUGCGAGAUGCCGGUGAUGGCUUGCGUCUGCUAGAUCCUGACCAUGACAUUGUCUGCGAAAUCAUCUCUGGCGACUCGGCAACGAUGGAUCUGCUUAGUGACAACAUUCAUGACCCCGAGGUGCUACCACGCACACUCGAGCUUGCUGCCACAUGCCACGUGCCGGAGAACUUGGCCGAGUUGAACAACAUGUCCAUCUCGACGCUCAUGAACGCUCUUCAUCGUCGCUAUGCAGAACAGCGCAUUUACACCUAUGUGGGAGACAUUCUCAUCGCCGUUAACCCCUAUGAGCGCCUUCCCAUUUACACACACCACCUCCAAGAGCAGUACAAGGAUGCCGCCACCAAGGAUUUGCCCCCGCACAUUUUUGCCGUGGCUGAUCGCGCCUACAACGCCAUGGUCUUGAAUAAACGCGAUCAAACCUUUGUCAUUUCCGGCGAGUCAGGGGCGGGCAAGACAGAAUCCACCAAGCUCGUGGUCAAGCACAUCGUCGAACUCUGCCGUUCCGGCAAUACCACUCUUGAGAACAAGAUCAAGAUGGUCAACCCUUUCCUCGAAGCGUUUGGAAACGCUAAAACCGUCAUGAAUGACAACUCAUCCCGCUUUGGCAAGUACCUCGAGCUCAAGUUUGAUGAAACGGGUGGCGUCUUGGGUGGUGAAAUGCUUCACUAUCUGUUGGAAAAGUCGCGUGUCGUCACACGCAACGCCGGCGAGCACAACUUUCAUAUCUUCUACAACUUAUUCGCCGGUGCUCAGCUUGAGGGGCGCAAUGACCACUUUGCUUUUAGCUCCCCCAAUUCUCACCGAUACCUGGCCGGUGGCCCCUCGGAUGAUGAGAUCCUGCAUGGUCAUCGCUACACCACUGAGUGGCGUGAGGUGAUCGAGUCCAUGCACUACGUCGGCUUUGCCAGCGCGGACAUGAAUUGCGUGUGGGAUCUGCUUGCCGCCAUUCUGCACCUGGGCGAUGUCACGUUUGCCGACAUUGGCAAUGACGCAAGCAAAAUCACCAGUAGCGACGACAUUUUGAAGCGCGUAGCCCGCCUGCUGGCCAUCAACGAGACCAACCUGCGCAAGGCUUUGCUGCAUGUUGUUCAGCACACGCGCGGAGAAACCAUUAUCAAAAACUUUACGGACGAGAAAGCCGUUGACAACCGUGAUAGCAUGGCCAAAGCCAUUUACACCCGCAUCUUCGACUGGGUUUUUCGUGUGGUCAACGAGCUCUUGGAUGAAGAGCACGCCAGUGGUGCACACACGCUGGGCAUGCUGGACAUUUUUGGCUUUGAAAACUUCAAAGUGAACAGCCUCGAGCAACUAUGUAUCAAUGUCACCAACGAGCAACUUCAGAACUACUUCAAUCGCCACAUUUUCAUCAUGGAACAAGACGAGUACAAUGCUGAGGGCAUUGAUUGCUCUCGCAUCGACUUUCCUGACAACCAGCCCACGCUUGAUCUCAUGCUUCAGAAAGGCACGGGUGUGUUUGGCAUUUGCGAUGAGCAAGCCAACUUUCCCAAGGCCACGGACCUCACCUUCACCCAAAAGUGUACCGCGGGACUUUCAAACCAUGCGUCCCAAAGCUACAAGGCACCUCGCUCAGAGCGGGAUCUCAAGUUUACAAUCUCUCACUACGCUGGCCCAGUCGAUUACACGACCGAGGGCUUUUUGGAGAAAAACCGUGACAAGAUCUCCGAGGAUGUCAAGCAACUGCUGCACAACAGCUCACACAGUCUUUUGGCCGCCAUGUUUGAGGAGGAUCCGAGCCGGGCUCCGGUGCCCGGGACGAUGCGCAAGCAACCGACCGUUUUGAUGGGCUUUAAACGCAGUCUCCAGGACCUGGUCAAGCGCCUUGACGCCUGCGAGCCGCAUUUCAUCCGCUGCAUCAAGCCUAACGCCACACAAAAGCCGGCCAACUGGGAUGCCGAGCUUGUGGAGCGUCAACUCACCUAUGCCGGCGUACUGGAGACCAUCAAGAUUCGCAAGCGUUUCAAACUUGUCAAAUACCAGUUUUAUGAAGAGCCCGAGGAGAGCCCGCAGACGUGUCAUGAGAUUGCCGAGUCUGCGCAGCUCGACAACUUCCAGUUGGGCUCAAACAAGAUUUUCAUGAAGUACCAUCACGCUGAAGUCUUGAGCAAGGAAGCCUCAAAGCAGUCUGACGCCCUAAUCUUUGUUCAAAAGAUUGUCAAAGGCUUCAUCGCUCGUCAGCAGUAUGUAGCACAGGUCGAAGCCAAGCGUCGUCAAGACGCUUUGGUCACCAGCUUGCUUGGCAGCAUUGAUGCAUCGUCCUUCCCAGUUGCAACUCGCAUGCAGCAGCUCGCGCAAGAGGAUGCUCGAAAGCUUGCUGAACGCCGCGAGUUUUUGGAACGCCUCCGCCAAGACCAAGCCCGUCGCGCCGAGGAGGAGGCACGUCGAGCCGCCGCACUCAGCAUGGCACAGGCACGGCGUGCACAAGAGGAGCCACGAAAGCGCACAAAACCGACAAAUGGCUACAUGAUUUGGCAACAGAAUGAGCACUUUGAGCUGAGCGUGGGUCCCCUUCCACCCCAGUGGCGUAAAGCCUUGGACCCAACAACUGAACGGUUCUACUUUAAGGACUAUCAGACGCAGACUACGACCUGGAUUGACCCGCGCAGUGGCCAUCAGGAACAUGGGCGCAAGCGCAAUCCCCUUGAUUGCAAUGAUAGUGAACUGCCAUUUGGAUGGGAUGAGGGCGAAACGGAGGAUGGCAAACAAUUCUGGAUCAACCAUCUCGACGGCAGUCAUCACGACGAGCACCCACGCAUCAAAAUGCAGGAACAGCAAACACGACUCGAUGAUGCCGAGGCGCGCAAUGUCCUGAUGACUCAACACAUUGUCAAUGAAAUUCACGUUCUUCGUGAAAAGCAGAGUCGGCAAAAGGCCAAGAUCUCCACUGCCACCGAUAAGCAAACGCGCGAAAGCCUGCAGCAGCAGCUGGCUUCUAUUUCCGCCAGCAUUCUUCAGUUGCAGCGGCGCCUCACCGGCGCCAAGGCCGCCAUGCGCAUCUUGGCCCGAUCCUUCGCCGGCAGCCAGACCAUGAUGGCCUUGACUCCUGAGCAGGCCGUCAAGAAAUAUGCAAAGCGUUGGAAACGUUUGGCAAGUCGUUCUACCUCCCCUUUGCAACCUGCCAUUUCGUUACAAACUCUCACCUUGCCUGGUUCCCGCCUCAAUAGGUUUUGA